AUGGCGACUUCCGCUGAUUUUGACCUUCUGGCUACCGACGGCCAUGCGCGUUUGGGAAGGAUUAAAGCAAGUCUCAACACGCCUGCAGUACUGCUGUACACACGGCGAGGGUUUCCUCCUCCUCUUACCCCCCGAGAGGUCAAAUCCUUGUAUCAGUCAGGAGCCAGUCCCUCCACCUUCGCCUUUUUCAUGUCUGCUGCUGACUUCUACGACGAUCCUGGCAGCGGCGUCCUGUCGUCCUUUCGGGGAGUGCGAGAGUUUUGUGGUCUGCAGGACCAGAAAGAAAUGAUAGUCGUAGGAAACAAGGAUGCGGUGAAUCAGCAGUUUGGCAUGCCGUCAUCGGACACCUGGGUAACGCUACAGACUUCAGCAGGGCAGAAGAAGGUUGCGAAUGAGGACUACAUCAAGUUACUGUCCGCCAUGCAACCGGACAUUGCUGUGUCUCUUGUAGACGAGGUGCAGAUGGAAAAUUCAGACAAGCGCAUCAAGAAAAGCGUCGACCGUACGCUGAAGUGGCUGGAUGAAUACCUGGCGGAGAGGAAAGGAGGAAAUGUAGCGGAGAGUGUGACAAUAUUUGCUGCUGUUGUUGGAGGCACUAGCCACCGAGAACGAGAAAGAUACGCAAGAGAGCUGGCGAAGAGAGAGGUUGGGGGGUAUGCCUUCACCGGCUUCGGAACGGGGGAGAGCGAAGAGGAGCGGGAGGCUUUUGUGCGGAUGUCGCUAGAGCAUCUUGACCAGCACAAGCCUAGGAUGAUGUCAGGGCUGGGAUCGCCCGACGAGAUUCUUUGGAGCGUGAAGAUGGGGAUGGACGUGCUGGAGUCAGCGUACCCUUGGUUUCUCAGCUCACAGGGGUUGGCCAUCAGUUUUCCGGUUUCCUAUGAGGGGAUCAUGAAGUACGCAGACGAAGAAGAGAUGGAGGCUGAAAGCUCCCUGAUGAAUGGCAAGAUCAAUCUGUGGGAUACAGACUACUGCAAGAACACAGAUCCCAUAACCAAGGGUUGCUCUUGUUUUGCAUGCGCCAAGUACUCACGAGCUUACAUCCACCACCUGCUGAAGACAAACGAGAUGCUAGCAGAGGCGAGACCGUUUUUCUCUGUCAAGCACCGCAUGACAUCUCAACAGGUGUUUCUAAGCUGUCACAACCAACACUGCCUCUUGAUCUUCAUGGAAUCUGUCCGCCAAUCCAUUGCCGAUCAAUCCUUUGAGAAAUUCUGCACCGCGUUCAGGAAGGCUAGGAAGGCUCCAUCGCGAUUUUUGCAGGGAUAG